CACCUGAGCGGAGCUUCUGAAUAGGUGAGAGAGGCUUGCUAGUAAGAGAGGUAUUUCAUUGGUGAAACGUGGGUCUGUGUUUAAGUGAUGGCACUUGUCAGGUGAAUUGCUUGGAUGUUCGGUGUGGAAAUAAGGGGCUUCAGGGAUGGAAAGAAGAGAGGUGAUUCACUGAAGUGCUUGGUUUGUGGAUGCAUGCGUGAAAACAUGCCAGGAGAAACAUGUAGGAGUCUGCUUGUGUUCCCUGGUCAUUUUGCUAAAUUUUUUGGCGAAGUUGAUGAGGACUUGGCUAGCUCCUGCAGCCCAGAUGAACUGAGCGACCACACUGACGAAAGCCCCUCCCCCCUCAGCCACUCCAAUUACCACGGCAACAGCGAUGGCAUAGAGAGCGACACCGGGGACCAAAGCUUCAGCGAAGACGAGCAGGACAUCCGGGUAGAGAGGGUGGAGAGACGUAGUCCUCUGGGGAAGUUGGGCAAGGACCCGGAUAGCAGGGUGAAUCUGGAGGAGUAUCUGAAUCGCAGUGACACAGCAGUGAUUUAUCCUGAGCCAGUAGACGAUAUCGACAAUGACAGUAAUGGUGGCACUGAUUGUGAAGAUGGCAAGCCAGUAGACUGCCCCUACUGUGACCGUUCCUACAAACGCAUUACAUCCCUGAAGGAGCACAUCAAGUACCGCCACGAGAAGACAAUCAGCAACUUCUCCUGCCCCGAGUGCAACUACUGCUUCGCCUACAAGUCGCAACUCGAGCGGCACAUGGCCACACACAUGCCAGGCCGAAACCAGGUCUGUGACAUUUGCAACAAAGCCUUUGUGAAUAUCUACCGACUCCAGCGCCACAUGUUGACCCACUCCACAGGCAACCGCAAGUUCAAGUGUGGUGAGUGCGGGAAGGCCUUCAAGUACAAGCACCAUCUGAAGGAGCACCUGCGCAUCCACAGUGGGGAGAAGCCAUACGAGUGCCCCAUCUGCAGGAAGCGUUUUUCCCAUUCGGGUUCCUACAGCUCUCACAUCAGCAGCAAGAAGUGUUCUCCCUUGAAGGAGAACCCAGUGAUGGUCUCUCACAUGCCGGCUCCUGUCAAAGUGAUGAAUGGGAGUUUGUCUCCCAUCCCCCAGCAGCCCAUGACCAACAAGAUUACAACAGUUGAUGAGGACCCUGAGCCUGCACCAACGGACAAGAUGCCUUCUUACAUGACCCAGCUACACAUCAAGAUUCCUGGCUCAGACAGCAUGAAGGACGUUGAAAAGUCGGAUGAUUCCAGCACUGAUCAACAGACAACUCCACCAAAUGACGCUGUCAAGAAAGUGCUGCAGAUUGUUGAUGCAACUGUCAGUAAAUUAAAGUUGCAGGGACAGAACACUGACAUUUCUAAACUGACGAAGGUGUCCAAGGCAUCAAAUGCUCCUGCUUCAGCCCCUACUCAAGUCCAUUCACCCAUUUCUGCACCUCUUUCUGCACCCCUUCCUACUCAAGCUGCCCCCAUUGUAACCCCAACCGCGCCUCUCCCAUCACCUCCAGCCCCCCCUUCACCCACUCAGCAACCUCAACCAAUCCUGAGCCCAACUCCAUCAACAUCUUCAUCACAAAGUUCCCCGAUGCUACCUACCCCCGAAAAAGUGGUACUACCCGAGAUUUCUAAGGAAAGGCUGACCUCAAGUAACCCUGUCCUGCUCCCAGUCAAUGGGGCCAAACCAAACAAAAUCUACAGCAUUGUUGAUUACACCCUUCGCAAAGUCCACGAGGCCCAGGCAAUUGCCAAGUGUUUGGAAUCUCAGCGGGGAUAUGGAUGCAUACCUUACCUGGACAACAAAGGUACAGGCUGCAAGUACUGCGGCCGGGAAUUCGAAAGUCCUAUUGAACUCCACCAGCACGAGAGGUACUUGUGCGAAUUAAAUGAGGAUGUCCAGAAGGUCAAAGGUUACAAUAACUCAAACCUGACCAAGUAUUAUGAGUACCAGCGUGAGGUCCUUGCUAGUAUGGAUCGUGCACGGGAGCGCAGACCCUCCACAGACUCAGAAAUGAAUGACACUAUCAGCAAUAAUAUGAGUGAGACUGAAAGCCUAGCCUCCCCUCUCACAUCAGUCCACAGCCCCAAGGAGUGCAAUGGCAAUCUUCUCUCCCGUUCCCAAGAAAACGACAACUCAAAGACCAGUGAAAUCUACCAUAAUGGCCUGAACCAGAUAUCUGAGGCUCAGGAGCAUGCACUGCGGGCGUUUUAUGCCAUGCAUGCCCGACCUUCUGAAGAUGGACUUGAGAAAAUCUCUCUGGCAAUGAAUCUUAAGCCUUCCUUCGUUGAGACAUGGUUUAAACGGACACGUAAGCUUGAAGAGGAAGGAUGUGAUCCUUCUCUGAAGAGCUUGGGUCUCAUGAAGAAAAAUUGCAUCAAUAAUAACCUGCUGCGUACCCAGUCACCAGGGAAACAAAUCAACGGUUACACUGAAGUCAGUGAGACAGCCUCAAAUGAUAGUCGCUCCAGGGUGGCAACACCAGAGAGGAGGUACAGUCCAAGGGCUGCUUCAUCACCCAGGAGUACCAGCACAGUAGAAUCGCACCCCUACGACAGACUAGAGCAACUGGAGUUGUCCCGGAGGCAAAAUGGCCUCAAGAACCUCAGCCUGAGAGAUCGGGAGGAGCAUUCCAACUGUAAUUCUCCAGCCACUGUGUCUUCCAGGCCCUCACCCAGACAGACUGUAGAUGAGGCUCCGCUAGACCUCUCCUUACCCAAGCACACCAGUCGAAACCUCCCAUUGUCUUCCAUGUCCCCCAAGUUAGUGUACGGUUACAACUAUCCCCCGCUCUACACCACAGCAGGCAGUUACAUCUUCCAGUCUUACAAUCCGGAUGGGUCACGGGCAAAUCUGUGCUUGGAGAACACUCUGAAAGCCCACUCCCACUGUCCCAAUGGCAACUUGGUGUUGAAGAGACCCUACGCCGAGCCUUACUUUGCCUACGUACCGAUGCCAAAUCGAUACCCUCCUAAGAGGAUGAAGUAUCCCGAAGGGAUGGAGUUUGUCAAUGGAGCCUCCUACCCAACAAGUCCGCUGACAGAGGUGUACGCAUCAGCAAUGAUGAAGGGUACCUAUCCUCCAAUCACUCCACUGCAGGUGGAGACUACUCAGCCACCUACUUAUCGACAUAACAUCGUCGGCAGUAAUGGAAUGCACAAUAAUGGCAUCAGUGAUCUUGCGAUGGCAGUGGAGGAUUCUCUUGGGGAGCUUUCACCAAACCGGGACCGCAGGCGAAGGGACCGCCCCCUCCGGACAUCGGCAGGACUCUACUCUUGCACCCAGUGCCCCAAGACGUUCCAGAAGCACAGCUCGUUGCUCAGACACGUGUAUGAGCACUCAGGUGAGCCAAAAAGUAAACGGCCUCAUGAGUGCAAGGAGUGCGGCAAAGCCUUUAAGCACAAACACCACCUGAUGGAGCACACCCGCCUGCAUAGCGGGGAGAAGCCCUACCAGUGCGACAAGUGCCUUAAGAAGUUCUCCCACUCUGGCUCCUACAGCCAGCACAUGAACCACCGCUACAGCUACUGCCGCAAGGAGGACACUCUGGGCCGGGGGAUGGGUAAAGGGACCCCGGAGGAAGAGGAGGAAGACAUGAUGAUGGAGACUGGGGAGAUUGACAGGUGUGACAAGCAGAACGGGAUGAGGUACAAGGAGGACGUCAUCCCUGCCUCGCCCCUUGACUGAGUGGUCUAUGCCAACACUGAACCUCAGACAACAUGCGCAGUAGGUACACACAGCAGGACCAUAAUAGAGUGACCAGUGACUUCCAAUGUCAGUUUUCUAGUGAUUAUUUGUGACAAUGCAUGUUCACCAUGUGAUGGUGUAAAAUGCAACUUUUACUUUUUUAGGUCUGUUUUGUUUUUUAAAAUUUGGUUCUUAUACAUACUGUAUCGUGUGCUACAAGUAAGAGAGUUUAUUUUCAAAAAAUAUUUACAGAGGUGUACAUUUUUAUUGUACCCAUGUAGCAACACACGCUACACCUAGUUUCCUAUAAAACUUGAAUCUACUUUGGGUAAACUCUUGUAGUGUAUUAGAAAACUAAUGUGUCUUCUCCCAUUUCUCUCACUGCCUGUGCUAUCUUUACAAACUUAAAGACAACAAAAGUCAGACACAAUUUCCAUCUGCAAAACCCAAUCAGGGAGGUUUACCUAGGGUAAACCUUUGAUGUCGGUGCAGAGGAAGAUGUGUAUGAAAUACAAACUAAAACAAAUGCCGGCCACAUUUUCUUGCCCUGAUUAUGGGUGUGGAACUAGACUAAUUUAUAUUUUAAUAAGAAGUGUGCUACGCCUUGGCAUAGAUGAAUAAAUAUGUGUGCUAUGUGAAAUGGUGUGAAGACAUUAAAGACAAUUAUGCUGCUUUGGGGGUUGUGUAGGAUUUAAAAAGCACUUUUUUUACAACUUGAUCAAAUAUAUGAAAUGCAUAAACAGACAGUUGCCAAUGUCCAUUUAAAACCCUUUUUUUUUGUUACAAAAUAUCUUAAAGUUGGAUCUUGAAAAACAAAGAACAAAGUUGUCUGUGUACUUACAUGUACUUCAAUGACUGGAAGUCCACAGUUUGAGACACUUUUUUUCCAACCUACAUGCAGGAUUAGAACAAAAGUUAACUGUUUGUGAGACAGUGGAGAGAUUUUUAUUUUUAAAUGUAAUGCAUACACAAUGCACAAAUCUGCGCAGAACAAAUUCCUAAAAAUAACACUCACUGGUAGAACUGUCGAUUCCCAAAUCCGUUCUUGACAUUUGAUCCCUCCUUGCAACGGAUGGGGAUAAUCAUUCGGUUUCCUGGCACGGGAUCACGGAUGAAACCUUCAAUCAGGCUUUGUCACGAGAUGCCAAUUCCAGAAAGCUGCCCCUUGUGUGAAGUUUGGAGGGGGGGGGGGGGGGUACCGCGUAUGGGUGCCAAGGCUGCAUCAGUUAGGUGGCACAGUUGUUCGUCCUGUGAAGAGGAAGUGCAUGAAUAACUGUUCAGAAAAUCAAAACAUUCCUCAGCACUUGUUGGAUGGGUUAACCCUCUGUAUGUUUCAACUGAUCAAAAAGUGAAGACGUUCACACUAACCAUUUCAACAUGUUGGGGGAUUAGGGUGUGUAAACGCCUUUAUGGAAAGCAGUGAAUUUAUAACAUCGAUGUGUUUGGCUCCCAAUCAAAAAGAAGAAAACCUCUCCACUUGACCUACUCAGUCUCAUGCAAUUACGUCUAAGUAACAACUUAAUCCGCAAAAUACUAGCUGUCUUAAGAACUGCAUUCUGCUACUGCCUUAAUUGCCAUAAGACUUGGGUAAGACACGGGAUGAGCCGUGUUUAGGAGACAGUAACACACACUGACAGGUACUUCUUCAUCCGCGUUUUACAAGUGUCUGUUAAAGGAAACUGGGAAGGAUAUGGAACUUUCCCGUCACCGUAUCAACUUGAUUAACGUAUUGCUUCCCUCAAAGUGCAGCCGUACGGUCCAUGCACUAUUGGGGCUUACCUUGUCUUAACUGAAACUGACCGAGGAUGAAAUUGUAUCGACAUGUCUUCCGCCAAGGGAAAAAAGAAAAUUGUGUGGGUAGCCAGGAAACAGAGGAAUUACCAUUUUCCGCAUUUUACGACUUGUUUUUAAGUACUUUGUCAGAAAGUAACAAAAAUGGGGAAAUAAUUUCAUCCAAGAAUACCAAGUCAUACAUCAAAGCACGCUACAUGUCUAGAAUAAGAUUUCGAAAAUAUUUAUAGCAGACAAUGUAAUAGAAGCUUGGCAUGAGAGGAAAUUAGACGGAUGUAUGUACAAUGUAUGUAUGUUACAAGAGGGGGGUCCUCUCCCCCCCCCCCCCUCCUUUCAUCCCAGCACAUAUUUCCUGUCGUCAAUUGCCACAGCCUUUGGCCACGGGUAGCUACGAGUCUCUAUGGGCACUGUUCUCCCAGUAUCAUGGGGGAAGGGGAGAGGGGGGAAAUUGCACACACAUUAGCACUUCCACUGGGGCCCGGGGCCCGGGGAUAGGAAACAGGGGAUGUGUCUGGUUUGAUUUGCCUGUUCUACUUCCAUCCCAGUGACCUUGGAACAAUUAAUAUGAUUCGACAAGGGAAUGACUUUGACACUUUGGGGGGGAACUAUGGACAAAGACCACAUGUAGUUGGGUGGAAAGUACAAGUGACUUAUAAUGCCUCACAGAGAAUGAGAGUUUCAAAAAGGUUUUAUUGGUCUGCAAAUGUUAAGUCGAUUUGAAGGGUAUGUAACUGCACAUUUCAGCUGAACUGUCCAUUAUGUAACAGGUUCGUAGCUGUUUUGUUAAUCGUUGUGAGACAAUGUUUUGCUUAAUACAUUUUAAAAACUUCUUUGCUGUUAUCAGAGUUUACUGUAGUUUUAUUGUUGGGUUUAGUUGUGACAAAAAAAAAAUUCUGGGUCUUCUGCUUAACUUUUUUUCAGUGGACUAUGUCCACAUAGGACAAGUUUAUAUUAUAUAAGUUAUUAAAAUUGUGAAACUAUUUAAGUUAAAAAGGCAGAGUAUUUUUGAACUGAAAUUCUACAGCAAUUCGUCUAUCAGGGUUGCAAGGUAUAGUACGCUGCUAGUAAAGACAAUUCGGUGCUUUACCUUAAAAGUAUUUUAACAAAUUACAGCCAUGUGUAACAAGUAGAUUUAUAACAUAAUUUCAGCUUGGCAUUGAGUUUAAAUGGCUGCAAUAUAUAAUUGUUCUAGAGUAACGAACAGUAUUUGUAAACGCAAACUUGCAUUAACAGUGAGUCAUCUGUAUAUGAAAAUUGUAUCAUAACAUAAUGUUGAUCUAGUUUUAGAUACUGUGUACAUUAAACAGAGUGUACAAACCAUAAGGUGUCGACUGCAGUGUGAGCCAUGACGUUAAGUAUUGGUCUGGGACAAAUUAUGUAAAACUUUGCGCAAUUAAUGGUUCACACAGCUUGCAUAGCUUCACAUUAGAUUAUCAUUACUCUGUUCGAAGAUUAACAGAACUUUGUACAUACAUUUAGAAAAGAUUAAUUAUUUCGAUUGUAAGAACUCACCACUCAGUAAGAUCACAAUGAUACUACAUUCUUGGUUUUAAAUGACUCCAUAAAAUAAGAUCUUCCAAACUUUGAAUUAGUACUAAGUAACGGGAAGGACUGUAUGUCUAGUUUCACUUUGGAAAAAAAAAUUGUAAAAAAAAUGUACAUGUGUAUUUUGAAAUCGUUCGAUUUGAUCAUAACCUUCCAAAAACCGCAUGUUUUAAAACUGUAUAUUUUUCACCGAGGUUAUUUUGAAUCAACCUGUGUAUGCAAUUUUUCUCCAGAAGAGUUGAAGAACAAAACUCCCUCAGUGGUUUUUAAAAGGAAAAUAUUAAGUAAAAUUGUUUUGGCAGCUGUAAAUUAUAUGCUUAAGCUUGGCUCGGAAUGGAUUCCCCAUUUGAUUUGUAUUGUGUAUUUGCUUAGUCAACUGGACCACUGUCUUUCUGUUUUAUUUUGUUUGAAGUGUCUGUUCCCAAAAAUGUAUUUAUUAAGCUUUUACUUAAAUCCUCUGGAAGUACCUACACAGUAUCAUCCCAAGUAAGAUGGACACAAAAAUGUACGUAAUGAAAGCAUGUUCCUUGCAG